AUGAAGGCAUUGCCACCCGAGAACUUGCCUCAAAACGUUCAGACCAAGCGCUUAUGGUCAAGUUUAUUAGAGAAUACAAACCCCGACCGGGUCCAAGACGCAUAUACUGAUGCUGGACAAAGGGUCAUGCCAAUUAUUACCAAUUUGGAACCUCUUAUGCUCGCUAUUUGGCACAUGGCCCAAUGGAGCUUGGACCUAAACUUUCAUGCCAAGUCUCAGAGACGAUUGGCUAUGGCCUUUGUUGCUGAAGAAGGUGGUAAACUUGGGCCAGUUCUUGAAACAUUUGGCGUAGCACUGGAAUUGAUAUCUGACCGUAUAUCACAUGACCACAAACCAGAAUCAGCUGGGUAUUUCAACCCGAUGGAUCACACAACCAUCAAGCCGACGACUCGAGAAGCACGAGUUGAAGGGCUAAAUAGGCUUGUUCAUAUUGAGCAUCCCUCGACGAACCUUACCAACUGUCCUCCACGUGGCCGCCUUUACGACCAUACUUCCGGCCUUAUUAGCUAUCUCUGUGGGCGCAGGGAUCACUGUGGUGAAGUUGAUACCGAUGGAUGGAAUGUCGAACUGUGGAUGCAAUAUGGCGAACAAGCUACACCUUUUGCUCGCACAAGUCUCCCAGCCCUAACGCCUGGACAACCCUAUGAUGUCCUUUUGUCCCUUCAAGUUCCUCUCACUCCGGAGAAUCUUGCACUAGGAAAUUUUAUGACAAAACUCAUCUUAACUGAUGCGAAGAACUCAACUGUAGCAACCGCAAACCGCCCGUCGCUAGUGUUAAGAGAACGAUCGUCUUGGAUCCCCUUUCUUAAGCAUUCGCCUCAGACCGAAACCAUUGUAGUGCCACUUCUAGAUCAUUGGUCUCCAUCAUCCCAACCUGGAAAUUUGUUGAAUCACGGGGUAGCAGUUGCACGAGGAACCAGCCAUAUGGGCUUUCAUGCAUUUGUUGCAGUUGGUAGACCGGACGCCUGGAAGAGUAUAGGAAGCGGCCAAGGGAAAGAAUUGAGCAUAGCGCGAGCUACCUUGCAGGGUCACGUCAAGCUCCACGGAAUAAGGGGAUUCUUUGCACGACACAAGCACCUAUUAUUCACGCUCACUACCGUAGUAUUCUUUGUCGCAUCUACGGGCGCAGCUUUAAUCUUCUAUCUGGUACUUGCGCCGAGCCUCUCGGAGGGUGAUAAUACGGGAGUUGACACGAAACCAUUGAUUCAAGAACAAGGGACGCAAACAACUCCGAGAAUGCGCUUCAAGGAUUAUGACACAGAGCCACCCUCGACCUCUGAGACGGAGUACUCUUGGACAUCUGGUGGCCCAGGGUCACGGAUCAAAGUUGAGUCGGACGAGGACGAGACUUCCACAGAAUAG